AUGACGAACCUUUACUUCACCCAUUCGAGCGCGCCGCUCAAGACGGUCGAGGAGAUCCAGUUCGGCCUCAUGUCUCCUGAGGAGAUCAAGAACAUGAGUGUCGCCCACAUCCUCUAUCCCGAGACGAUGGAGGAGAACGGGACAAAGCCGCGCGACGGAGGCCUCAACGACCCGCUCCUCGGCUCGAUCGAUAGGCAGUUCAAGUGCAAGACGUGCACGCAGGCCAUGGGCGAAUGCCCCGGCCACUUCGGUCACAUAGAGUUGGCCAAGCCAGUGUACCAUCCAGGUUUCAUCAAGAAGGUCAAAAAGAUCUUGGAGAUUGUCUGCCAUAACUGCAGCAAGGUGUUGGCCGAUACUAGCGACCCCGAGUUCGUCUCUGCCAUCAAUACCAGAGACCCCAAGGUUCGCUUCCAACGCGUCUGGACAGUGUGCAAGAAGAAGAGGAGAUGUGAAAACGAGGAUCGCCAGAACAAGGACAAGGAUGAAGAGUUUGCACCCGGAUUGAAGGCCGCCCAGGGGGUCGACAACCACGGCGGGUGUGGCAAUGUCCAACCCGCCGUGCGUCACGCUGCGUUGCAGCUCAAGGCUGUCUACGAGGUUGUCCAGGAAGAUGGCCCCAAGCGGAAGGAGAGCAAUCCCGUCACGCCCGAGACGGCGUACAACAUCCUGCGGCGCAUCUCCGAGGAAGACCUGCGCAACAUGGGGCUCAACUCGGACUAUGCUCGCCCCGAGUGGAUGAUCCUCACCGUCCUGCCGGUGCCUCCCCCGCCGGUUCGCCCCAGCAUUUCCAUGGACGGCACUGGAACCGGCAUGCGAAACGAGGACGACUUGACGUACAAGCUCGGGGACAUCAUCCGCGCCAACGGCAACGUGAAGCAGGCCAUCCGCGAGGGCUCCCCCCAACACAUUGCGAGGGACUUUGAGGAGCUGCUGCAGUACCACGUCGCCACGUUCAUGGACAACGACAUUGCCGGCCAGCCUCGGGCCCUCCAAAAGAGCGGCCGUCCCGUCAAGGCCAUCCGGGCUCGCUUAAAAGGCAAGGAGGGUCGCCUGCGAGGCAACUUGAUGGGCAAGCGUGUCGACUUUUCGGCCCGAACCGUCAUCACGGGCGACGCCAAUCUUUCGCUACACGAAGUCGGCGUUCCACGCAGCAUCGCCAGGACCCUGACCUAUCCCGAGACUGUCACGCCCUACAACAUCGGCAAGCUGCACCAGUUGGUCGAGAACGGGCCGAACGAGCAUCCGGGUGCCAAGUAUGUUAUCAGAUCUGACGGCACGCGCAUUGAUCUUCGUCACCACCGACGCGCAGCUCAAAUCUCGCUCGAGUAUGGGUGGAAGGUCGAACGUCACCUGAUGGAUGGAGACUACAUCAUCUUCAACCGUCAACCGUCGCUGCACAAGGAGUCGAUGAUGGGCCAUCGCGUCCGCGUCAUGCCCUACUCGACGUUCCGUCUCAACCUGUCCGUCACCUCGCCGUACAACGCCGAUUUCGAUGGUGACGAAAUGAACCUGCACGUCCCUCAGAGCGAGGAGACACGUGCUGAGAUCAAGGAGCUGUGCCUCGUUCCGAACAAUAUUGUCUCUCCGCAGAAGAAUGGACCCUUGAUGGGCAUUGUGCAGGAUUCCCUGGCUGGAGCCUACAAGCUCUGCCGGCGAGACACCUUUAUCGACAAGGAGAUGGUCCAGAACCUGAUGCUCUGGGUCCCCAACUGGGAUGGCGUGAUCCCCCCGCCGGCCAUCUUGAAGCCUCGGCCGCGGUGGACUGGCAAGCAAAUCAUCAGCAUGGUCAUUCCUCAAGAAAUCAGUCUGCACACCCCCGAGGACGAUUCUGAGAUUCCACUCAAGGACACCGGCCUCCUCAUCCAGAGUGGCGAGCUCAUGUACGGUCUCCUGAAGAAGAAGAGCAUCGGCUCGGCCGCCGGUGGUAUCGUGCACCUCUGUUACAAUGAGCUUGGCCCCAGUGGAGCCAUGGCCUUUCUCAACGGUGUGCAGCAAGUCGUCACGUAUUGGCUCCUCCACAAUGGUCACAGCAUCGGUAUCGGUGAUACUGUCCCCGACAAGCAGACCAUCGAAAAGGUUCAGGUCCACAUCGACACGCAAAAGGCCGAGGUCGCCAGGUUGACGGCCCAGGCCACCGCCAACGAGCUGGAAGCACUUCCUGGCAUGAACGUCCGAGCCACGUUCGAGAACAAGGUCUCGAUGGCUCUCAACCAGGCCCGCGACCAGGCCGGUACCACGACCCAGAAGAGCUUGAAGGACUCGAACAAUGCAGUCACAAUGGCCGAGUCCGGCUCCAAGGGUUCCUCCAUCAACAUUUCCCAGAUGACGGCACUUGUCGGGCAACAAAUCGUCGAGGGGAAGCGCAUUCCGUUUGGCUUCAAGUACAGGACGCUUCCGCAUUUCACAAAGGACGAUUACUCCCCCGAGGCUCGUGGAUUUGUUGAAAACUCGUAUCUCCGCGGUCUCACGCCCUCCGAGUUUUUCUUCCACGCCAUGGCUGGUAGAGAGGGUCUCAUCGACACUGCUGUGAAGACGGCUGAAACGGGAUACAUCCAACGACGACUCGUCAAGGCUCUCGAGGACCUCAGCGCACGGUAUGAUGGAACUGUGCGAAACUCACUUGGCGACAUCAUCCAGUUCCUCUACGGUGAGGAUGGUCUCGACGCCAUGUGCAUUGAAAAGCAGAAGCUCGGAAUCCUUAAAAUGUCCGAUCCUGCUUUUGAGAAGAAGUACCGACUGGAUCUGGCCAAUCCGCCUGAGUGGUUCAAGACGGACUACGAAUACGGCAACGAGCUGACUGGAGACAAAGCUUCCAUGGCGCUCCUUGACGAGGAGUGGGAUGCUCUGUUGUCCGAUCGUCGCGAGGUGCGCUCCAUCAACUACACGAAGAUGGGAGAAGAAAUGAUGCAGCUCCCGCUCAACAUUGGCCGCAUGAUCGAGACGGCGAAGCGAGUCUUUAACGUCAAAGCCACCGAUCGCAGCAAUCUUCGCCCGUCAGACGUUAUUCUAGGUGUGCAGAACGUCCUCAACAAGAUGAAGAUUGUCCGCGGCUCGGAUGGCAUUUCCCAGGAGGCGGACGCGAACGCGACUAUCUUGAUAAAGGCCCUGAUGCGGUCUCGACUGGCAUUCAAGGAAAUUGUCAAGGAGCAUCGUCUCAACAAGCUCGCCCCAGGCGAGAUGGUUGGCGUUCUCGCGGCCCAGUCCAUUGGCGAGCCAGCGACUCAGAUGACUCUCAACACGUUCCACUUUGCUGGUGUUUCGUCCAAGAACGUUACCCUCGGCGUGCCCCGACUCAAGGAAAUUCUCAACUUGGCGAAGGAUAUCAAGACGCCUAGCAUGGCUGUCUAUUUGAACACGCGGCUGGGCAAGCAGGAGGAGGCCAAGAAGCUGCGAAGCUUGGUCGAGUACACCAAUCUGCGGUCUAUCACGUCUGUGACGGAGAUUUACUACGAUCCAGAUAUCCAAGGCACGAGCAUCGCCGAGGAUGUGGACAUGGUCGAGUCCUACUUUUUGAUCCCCGAUGACACCCAAGACACCCUCGAUCAACAGUCGAGGUGGCUGCUGCGCAUCACGCUGGAUCGACAGAAACUGCUGGACAAGGAAAUCAAGAUUGACGAUGUCGCCCAGCGCAUCAAGGAGGAGUAUCCUACCGACCUGGGCAUCAUCUUCAGCGACAACAAUGCCGACGAGCAGGUGAUUCGUAUUCGAACCAUCAGGCAGAACGAUGAAAAGGAUGAGAACGGAGAGAAGCGCAUCGAGGACGACGUCAUGCUCAAGCGCCUCGAGUCUCAUCUCCUCGACACGCUGACUCUCCGCGGUGUUCCUGGCAUUGAACGGGCUUUCCUGACCAAGGGCACUCGCCUCGUCGAAGGCGCAGACGGAGCGGAGAUCGCCAUCAAGAAUGACACACGAUGCACCCAGUGGUACUUGGAUACCAGUGGUUCUGCUCUUCGUGAAGUGCUCGCGGUCGACGGUGUUGAUGCGUCGCGAACGUACACCAACGAUCUGUGGCAAAUUGUCGAGGUCUUUGGCAUUGAGGCGGCGCGGUCGGCGUUGGUCAAGGAGUUGACGAACGUGCUGGCGUUUGACGGCUCGUACGUCAACCAUCGUCACAUUGCCCUGCUUGUCGACAUCAUGACGUACCGCGGAACCAUCUCGGCCGUCACUCGACACGGCAUCAACAGAGCGGAUACGGGCGCGCUGAUGCGCUGCUCCUUUGAGGAGACGGUCGAGAUUCUGCUCGAGGCCGCAGCCACGGGCGAGCUCGACGACUGCCGCGGCAUUUCUGAAAACGUCAUGCUCGGGCAGAUGGCACCCAUGGGCACAGGCAACUUUGACGUCCUGCUCGACCCCAAGAUGCUGGAGACGGUCAUCUCGGACAACUCGCGCAUGGGUCUGAUGCCGGGCAUGCCGACCAAGGAUGGCGAAGCCGAGGGCGCUGCGACGCCGUACGACACGGGCUCUCCCAUGGCAGACUCGGGCUACAUGAGCCUCAGCUCUCCCGCGGCUGGAAACUUCUCGCCCAUCCAGGGCGCAGGCUCGGAGACGCCGACAGGAUUCGGCACCGACGACCAGCCCGUUCAGCACGUCGCCGACAUCGCCGUUCAGUGCAGGCAUGGGCGGCCCUUCGUCACCGUCGUUUUCGCCAACGUCGCCCAUGCUGCGACCGACGAGCCCGGCCAGCCCCAACUACAGUCCGACGUCGCCCAGCUACUCGCCAGCGUCGCCGUCAUCGCCCCGGCACUACUCGCCGACAUCGCCGGCGCAGUUCAACUCUCCCACCUCGCCAAGCUACUCGCCGGCCAGUCCCAACUACAGCCCUGCCUCGCCCAAUCUGCACGGGGCAGGGGCCACGUCCCCGUCCUACUCUCCGGCGUCUCCCUCGUGGUCCCCGACGUCUCCGGAAGCCUACUCGCCGACGAGCCCAGGCUUCUCAAGGAGCCCGGGCAAUCAGCAGUCGCCGACCAGUCCAAGCUACUCGCCGACGUCUCCAUCCUUUUCUCCCCGGACCCCUGGCCCGGGCGCUUCGGGGAACCAAUACUCUCCUAA